UAAGACUUUGUGAAAGAUAAAAGAAUGUCUAAAUAAACAGGGAGAUAUUUCAUGUUCAAAGAUAAAAAGACUCUAUAUUCUUAAGGUGAUGAUUCUUCCCAACUUGAUCUAUAGCUUUAAUGCAAUCUUGAUCAAAACUUAGCAGGUUGUUUUGUAGAUAUCAACAGCAAACUGAUAUUAAGGUAUUUUUUUGAAAAACAGAAGACUUAGAAUAGUCAACAUAAAAUUGAACACGAAAUCCAAAGUCAAAGGCCUAGGACUACCAAAAUGUAAGACCUAAUACAAAACUAGAGUAAUUAAGACAGUGUUAUAUUGACAAAAGAAUAGAAAAAUUGCUUGGCAGACACACUAGAGAGCCCAGAAAUAGGCCCGUGCUAAUUAAAUCAAUUGAUUUGUUGUUGUUGUUGUUACCAUGGAUCGAUCUUGGGACCUUGCACUUGCAAGGCAGGCAGUGGCACCACUGAGCUACCCCAGCCCCAGGUCAGUUGAUUUUUGAUAAAGGGGUAGAAAUAAAUGAAUGGGUAAAGGAUAAUCUUUCCAACAAGUGAUGAUGGAACAAUUGUACAUGCAUACAAAAAAUAAUUUAGAUAUAGAUCUUACAUCUUUCACAAAAAUUAAUUCAAUAUGGGCCUUAAAUCUAGAAGCAAAAGUAAAGAACUUCUAGCUGAUAACAUAGGGGAAAAAAUCAAGACAACCCUGGAUUUUGCAAUGAGUUUUUAGAUCCAAUACUAUAAAAUUUAAAAAUAGCAAGUUGGACUUCAUUAAAAUUGGGAACACUGCUAAGAGAAUGAGCAAGUUAAGUCACAUACUAGAAUACUUGUAAAAAACAUAUCUGAUAAAGAACUUUUAUCUGAAACAUAUAAUAAAACCCUCUUAGAAGGAACAAAGGAAAACAAACAACUGAACUUUAAAGUGAGCAAAAUUCUGAGCAGACACCUUAUCAUAGAUGACACACAGAUGAUGAAAAAUGUAUGCAAAGAUUCUCAACAUCACAUAUCUUUAUAGAGUUGGAUGUUAAAACCCUGAGAUAGCUGUGCACACAUAUUUGAAGGGUCACUUCCUAAUAGGACUGGCAGUGUGGGUGUGGAACAUACACAGGAGUGCAAAGCCAGCCAGCCACUUUGGAAGACAGUGUGGCAGUUUACUACACAGCUAAACACAGCCUUGUCGUGUAAUCCACCAAUCAUACUCCUAGUUUUCUAUUCAGUUGAGCCCAAAUAUUAUGUCCAAACAAAAAUCUCAUGCAAGUAUGCAUGGUGUAUAAAACCCCCUUUUAUAUACAGCGUUUAUAUGUAUAUUUACAGUACAUGAAGUAUCUCUCAUAGCUGACAAGAAAUGGUAGCAACCAAGAUGUCCUUCAAUAAGCAAAGGAAUAUAAGAAAUCUGUGGUAUCUCCAUGCAGAGGGACACCAGGGAUGCAGAAAAGCAUUUAACAAAAACGCUCCACCCUUCCCUGAUUUAAAAAAAACGGAGAAAUUAGGAAUAGAAAGUAACUGCACUCUGAUGCGAAACAGCCUAGGAUGUAUUAAACUGGUGGUUCUGGCCAGGUGUGUGUGUGUGGAGUUCACAGACCGGAAAGGGAGAAGCAAAGCUGUCCCUCUAAACGCCGCAGGACGCAUGUGAAGUGCUGUGGGUUCAGACACACUCAGCGUCCCCACCGCCUGGUCCACAUGGAGUCCUGGGGCACCCCCGAGCCCACUGACUAUUUUCAUUACGACCUUGGGAGCCUCCUGUGUGAGAACAAGGCCAUCAUGGUCACCGCCUUCACCACCACCGUGCUGUACUCUCUGGUGCUGCUGCUCAGCCUGGUGGGCAACAGCCUGGUGCUGUGGGUGCUGGUGAAGUACGAGACCCUCGAGUCCCUCACCAACCUCUUCAUCCUCAACCUGUGCCUGUCGGACCUGGUGUUCUCCUGCCUGCUGCCCGUGUGGGCGUCGGCGCACCACUUGGGCUGGGUGCUGGGGGAGCUGCUGUGCAAGGUGCUCAGCAUGACCUUCUCCGUCAGCCUCUACAGCAGCAUCUUCUUCCUCACCCUCAUGACCAUGCACCGCUACCUGGCGGUGGUGAGCCCCCUGUCCACGCUGCAGGUCCACACCCUCCGCUGCCGUGUGCUGCUGACCACUGCCGUGUGGGCGGCCAGCGUCCUGUCCUCUGUCCCCGAAGCUAUCUCCCACAAGGUGAUUGACUCGCAGUGCACCUACGCGGAAAAGCAGGGUCUGCUGGCCUCGGUCUACCAGCACAACAUCUUCUUCCUGCUGUCCAUGGCGACCAUCCUCUUCUGCUACGUGCAGAUCCUCAGGACCCUGUUCCGCUCCAGGUCCAAGCAGCGGCACCGGACGGUCCGGCUCAUCUUCACCAUCGUGGUGGCCUAUUUCCUCAGCUGGGCCCCCUACAACCUCAUCAUGUUCUUGCAGACGCUGGUGACGGUCGGGAUCAUCCAGAGCUGCGAGACCAGCCAGCGGCUGGAAUUCGUGGUGCUGGUCUGCCGCAACCUGGCCUUCUCGCAGUGCUGCUUCAACCCGGUGCUCUAUGUCUUCGUGGGGGUCAAGUUCCGCAGGCACCUCAAAAGUCUCCUCCAGCAGGCAAGGCUGCGUCGACCUCAGGUGCCCAGCCCACCCCCAUUCCUCCGGUCCCCGGGUGCCUUCACCUAUGAGGGUCCCUCCUUCUACUGAAGGAGGGGGUGACGCAUGUGCAGGUGGACAAGGCGCUCGGAGGAGGACAAGGGGAAGUGCCUCAGGAAGGAACACUGCAGUGGAGAUGCCACCGGCCACUGCAGGGUGGGAGGGAGGGCCCGUGGGUCUGGGUGCCCCUCCGAGGGAAGGUGGCUUCCCACCUGGGCAUGCGGUACUCCCACACUGAACAACACUUCUUCACGUAGACACACAUUGCUUAUUCCUGCCUGGUCUCCAGCUCCUAAAACACGCAGGGCUCCCAGGAAAGGGGCCUCUUUGGAGCCUUCAGGUCGAGCUCAGUGGGUGUGACCAUUGUACAGUGCAGGUGGCUUCCGGGACAGUCUCCUUUCCCAGUUGCCCAGCUCAUCUGUCCACUUUAGGGGGGACUCAGCGACUGCCAGAGAGGCUGCCUGAGAGACGAGAGUAACCACAUCCCCCCAAAAGCACAGUGAUCCCCAAAACCUCUAACUAGAUUGCAGCUGGCUCUCUAGGUGGGCUCCAGAUUGCAGCAGACAUUUCUGCCCAGUGCUAGUGGGCUAUGAGUGGCUCCUGCUUCUUGCUUUCCCUAUUUUGGCUAUACUUUUUGUAUCAGGAGUCAGACCAAAGCUCUACGUGACUCAAAUGGACAUGUCAGUUAGCAGAGUUGGGCUAGUAUUGCUCCUUUGCUAAUGGCUAUCACUGAGGCCUAAGCCCUGGUCUGUGAAGUGGCAGGGCUCUGCUGAGCUACAUGCAGCUGAGAUCAGUGUGACCCCAAUUAAAAUCCUUUGCCCAGAAUUAUGGCUUCUCACUGACCCGACGGGUUGCUUCCUAAUUGCACCCAGUCCCAGUACCGAUUUGUUCUAUCCAAGCAGGAUAAGCAGUGCUGACUCCCUGACAGCUCUGCCUGGUGCCAUCAUGCCAGGUGUUGGGCAGUGCUUCACUAGAUGCCUUCAAAGCAUACCUUCCCACGAUUGUAUUCAAUAAAUACUGGAUGCUCUUGGGGGCCUUUGUCUUUGUUGGCUAGAACAGCACUGAUCAGUCCUAAGACCCAGCUUCUCUCUAAGUCUUAUUUCCUGUUUUUAUUCUUUAAUUCGCCUUGUGCUAUCAUGGCUCACAGGAGACCAGGACUCACUGCAGGGGAUCUGGUAACAGCCCCUUUCCCAUUCCCUACAUGACUGUGUUGGUCAGUUUUUCAUUACUAUGAUGGGAUGUCUAAGAAAAACAACUUAGGAAGGGAAAGAUUUAUAUGGCCCAUGGUUUUAGUUCAUGGUCAGUUAGCUGCACUAUUAUUAGGCCUGUAACAAGGCAGAACCAUCACGGUGGAAGAAAGCCACUCACUUCUCAGCAGACAUGAACCAGAAAAGAGGGACCCAGGGACCAGAUAUAGUUCCCAAGGUCACAGUCCUAUCAUCAUUCCUCAACCAGGCUCCACAUCCUGUUUCCAUCACCUCCUGGUGAUGCCGUCAAAGUACAACCUUCUCUGUGGGUUAACCCACUGGACGGAGCCCUUGAGAUCCAAACACCUUCCAAAAGCCUAUCCUCUGAACACAUGAACUUUCGUGGAGACAUUUUGGAUCUAAGCCAGAAUACUGACACAGUUCACUCUUCCCACCCAACUUGAGCACCAGAUUUCAAUGCCAGAUACCAUUUCAGCCUAACAAGCUAUCUUGACACUUAGCAACCUAAAAUGACCAUUUGAUCCACUCAUGACUUUGUGGAUGAGAAAUACAGGAAGGGCUCAGCAGAACAGUUCUCACCUGGGAUGGCUUGACUAGACAGAUAAUCAAGGUCACAGUGCAGUCACAUACCUGGCAGAUGAGGCUGGUACCAGCUGGGCACCACUUGGCUGUAGGUGUGGUCGCUCCAGCAGGGAGUUCUCAGAGAGCUGGAUGAAUCACAUAGCAGCUGGCU